UUCUGACAUAGAAAAAAGAAAGCACAGUGAAAAACCGCAUUCAUUUGAGAAAAAAGCUUAAAGAUGUCGGAAAAUAAAAAGGCAGUGGCUGGGCCAAAUUUGGAAAAUUACAUCAUUUGUCCCUACAAUAAAGCCCAUCGCAUAAUGCCGCUGCGUUUGACCUUUCAUUUGGUUCGCUGUGCCAAGAAUUAUCCGUCCUCCCAAAAGAUUCACUGCCCAUUUAACACAAGCCAUUGGCACUCUGUUAAUGAUAUGAAGGUCCAUGUCAUCGAUUGCCCUGAUCGCUUAUUAUUUGAGCGCACCAAGAUGCCGGACAUUUUGCCAGCGGUGGAGCCACAAGCCAAUCAAUUUGUUAUCGAGACUGAAGAGGAUUGGGACACUGAACCACCAGCUCCAUCUUAUAAUCCGCAGAAAUACUGCGAGACAGUGUUGGUGGUCCGUAAUCCCCAGGGAAAAUCAAGGGCCGCACGUCGUAAGUUUCGCGAAAGUGAACGCCAGCGUUUUAGGGAAAACGGCGAGUCCUAGAGAUAUCUUUAUAGUAAAACCUUAUCAUAAAGAUAAAGAUUCAAAUUGGAAUCUUAAAUAUG